UGAUGGCCCAGUGCAAACGUUCCUGCGUUCUACUUCCGACUCCCCCAUUGGAAAUGUAUCAAGUUGCACGGUUCACAAUGUCCAUUCCUUCGUUAAUAAAAUUCUAUUCAUCAUAGGGACCACUAGCUAUAUUGAUCAGCCAAUGAUUCUUUUCUUGUCCUCCCUCUCUGGACCCGCUUCGAAGCACGUCGACCUUUAACUGGCGCACAUUCUUCAGAUGCGGCAGCGAAGGGCUCGCAUCAUUUCAUGUGCCUUUUCCUGAACUUCACGUUGCGGGUACCUCUGGUUGGCUUGGUACCCGCGGGGGAACCGGUACAACUUGAAAGUCCUGCCCAGUGCCUUGUGGCUCCCCGUUAUAUUCCUGGGAUCGUUGAGCACUCACCAUAUCAUUUCCCUUACGCUGGCAGGGCUUUGGUGUGCCAGUGCUGCAGUUUCAGCUCCCUAACGAGAUGGGGCAGUGGUCAUCUUGCCUCGCCAACCUAGCAAACCAUGUGGCCAUCAAGCUCUAUCGGGUUUCAUUAUUCCUCCGUCCCCCCGGUCAUCCAGAUCGAUCCAUGUCUCUGAACA